UCGGAAGGGCCUUUGGUUUUAAUAACACUGGUAAUGCCCAAGGGAAGAACUUUUCCAGAUCUAUAGGCUUUCAGUGUUGUUUUCCAAGAGAGAGACACACGCUUCCAGCACAGCCUGAAACUGGAUGCUUGGAUUAACUGUGGCAGGACCAGGAAGCGGAGGUUUCCCCCGCUCUGUCUUGUGGUCGGUCCGCACUCCCUUCGGGAUCGGCUCCACUUCGCCUGCCCCUCCAGCGCCGGGGUCCAAAGCAGCUUCCUUUUUAUGUUGGUCUCCCGAGAGCCGCCGGCUGAAGAGUUUGUCCGAAGCCCUCUGCGGAGCUUUUUCACUCAAAAGGCUUGUUGUGAUGCGUAUCCCCGUAGAUACCAGCACCAGCCGCCGCUUCACGCCGCCCUCCACCACUCUGAGUCCGGGCAAGAUGAGCGACCCGCUGCCGCUGAUCGGCCAGGAGAACAGCAGCGGCGCCCUGGUGGGGAAGCUGAGGAGCGCAGAUCGCAGCAUGGUGGAGGUCCUCGCCGAUCACGCCGGAGAGCUGGUCCGCACCGACAGCCCCAACUUCCUCUGCUCGGUCCUGCCGACCCACUGGAGGUGCAACAAGACUUUGCCCAUCGCCUUCAAGGUGUUAGCCUUAGGAGAUGUUCCUGAUGGGACUUUGGUCACAGUAAUGGCUGGAAACGAUGAAAACUAUUCUGCAGAACUCAGAAAUGCUACCGCUGCAAUGAAAAACCAAGUGGCCCGAUUCAAUGACUUGAGAUUUGUGGGUAGAAGUGGAAGAGGGAAGAGCUUCACCUUGACCAUCACAGUCUUCACAAAUCCACCACAAGUAGCUACAUACCACAGAGCCAUCAAGAUAACAGUAGAUGGACCCCGAGAGCCAAGAAGACACCGUCAGAAACUAGAUGAGCAGACAAAGCCUGGGAGUUUGUCCUUUUCAGAGCGUCUGAGCGAACUGGAGCAGUUGCGUCGUACAGCUAUAAGGGCCAGCCCACACCACCCAGCCCCCACACCUAAUCCAAGAGCUUCCUUGAACCACACCACUGCUUUUAACCCUCAGCCUCAAAGCCAGAUUCAGGAUACAAGGCAACUUCAACCAUCUCCCCCUUGGCCAUAUGACCCAUCUUAUCAAUAUCUGGGACCAAUUGCAACUCCAUCAGUGCAUCCAGCAACACCAAUUUCACCUGGAAGGGCUAGUGGAAUGACAUCCCUGUCUGCUGAACUUUCUAGCCGACUGACAGGUGCUUCUGACCUAACAGCAUUCAGUGACCCACGAGUAGGAAUUGAUCGUCCUUUCCCUCCAAUACCUGAUCCUCGCAUGCACUAUCCAGGAGCAUUCACCUAUACUCCAACACCUGUCAGCUCAGGAAUAGGAAUUGGUAUGUCUGCCAUGACCACUGCUACCAGAUACCACACUUAUCUACCACCUCCAUACCCAGGUUCUUCUCAGGCUCAAGGUGGCCCAUUUCAGACCGGCUCCCCCUCUUAUCAUCUCUACUAUGGAACAUCAGCUGGAUCAUACCAGUUCUCCAUGAUGUCUGGAGGAGAUCGGUCCCCUCCACGUAUUCUUCCUCCUUGCACUAAUGCUUCUACAGGAUCUACGCUCCUGAACCCCAAUCUUCCAAAUCAAAAUGAUGUUGUGGACACGGAAGGUAGCCAUAGCAACUCCCCUACUAACAUGGGAACCACAGCAAGGCUAGAAGAAGCAGUAUGGCGACCAUACUGAAUAAAUUAUUAGCAACGAUGGGCUGGGACUAAAAUGUUUUAUCUGCUGAUGUCCAAGGUUUCCUUGUGAAUGGCUGUGGGCACUGCCAUGUUUAUCUAUUGCUCUGAAAAACA